AUGAAGAGCUCUCUUAUCUUUGGGCUAAUCAGCACGGCGGCUGCCGCUGCCCUUCCCGCUCCCGCAGAUGGCUGCGAGUCUGACUCUGUCCCUGCCGUUGAACAGACAAAGCCUGUGGGAGAGAACAAUGGGAAGCUGCCUUGGCUGAAGCCGGGUCAGUAUGCCAGCCUUUGCGGCUCGAGCAAGUUCACCGACGAGGACUGCGGCACCGACAUGUACUGCAAAGCCUUCGACGACAUCAAGAACGUGACCGACCGCAAGUUUACUUCUUCCAAGCAGUGCUUCGCAGCUCACGAGCCCGAGCCUUUGCCUUGGCGCGAGCCAGGUCAGUUCGCCAGCCUUUGCGGUUCGAGCAAGUUCACCGACGAGGACUGCGGCACCGACAUGUACUGCAGAGCCUUUGACGACAUCAAGAACGUCACCGACCGCAAGUUCACUUCUUCCAAGCAGUGCUUUGCUGCUCACGAGCCCAACCCGAACCCGAAGCUGCCUUGGAAAGAGCCGGGUCAGUUUGCCAGCCUUUGCGGCUCGAGCAAGUACACCGAUGACGAUUGCGGCACGGAAACGUACUGCAAAGCCUUUGACGACAUUAAGAAUGUCACCGACCGCAAGUUUAACUCUUCCAAGCAGUGCUUCGAUGCUCAUGACCCGAAGCCCAAGGCCUAA